GCUUGUACUCGAAGGAGUUCUUGGAGAAUCGGAUGUGCGUGGCGCUGGGUGGCCGCCUGGCAGAGGAGAUCAUCAACGGCAAGGACAAUGUCACCACAGGCGCCUCCAAUGACUUCCAGCAAUGCACGCAGGUGGCCAAGGCCAUGGUGAUGCAGCUGGGCAUGUCCGCCGAGAUUGGCCAGCGCCUUCUAGGAGGUCAGCAGGGGCAAGGUGGACCAUUCAUGGGUCGUGACUUCAUGGGCCAGGGUGCGCCCCCAAUGUCUCAGGCCUUGAAGCAGAAAGUGGACGCGGAGAUUAAGCGAAUUGUUGACGAGCAGUAUCAGCGCGGCAUGGCGCUGCUGAGGGACAACAUGUACCUCUUGGACACGCUGGCCAAAACGCUGAUAGAGGAGGAGAAGGUCUCUGGUGAGCAGCUGAUGAAGAUGAUCAACCAGGCGGCUGCUGAAGGCAAGCUGGUGAUGGGAAACAGCAAGAUGGCAGUGGCAGCCUAUGCAGGGGAGAGAGUUGAGACGACCACCGAUGGCACACUUGCAAAGAAGUCGCAGUGUCUGCACCCUGACAAGCCGCUUAUGUUCGCCUGCGCGGACUGCCCUCGUCGUGGCUUCUGCGGCUCCACUCGUGCUGCCCCGCGCGACGGCCGCGCGGCCCGCAGCGCGGUGGCCCGCCUGGGCCUGGCUACGCCAGAGGUCGAGUCCAAGGAGUGCACCAGCGAGGAGGUCCUCCGGCGUGUGCAGGACAUGGCGACGGACGUGUCCAACGGGGCCGCGCUUCCGAAGCACGUGGUGCAGACAGCCGCCACUCAGGUACUGGCCGCCCUUGCCGCGACCGCAGUGCCCAUGGCAGCGAAGGCCGACGAUGUGCCGCCGUUGCAGUCCUUCGGGGCUCCCCAGAUGCAGCAGCAGCAGCAGCCGGGCGGCAGCGUGCGGGUCAGCGGCCGCGUUACCUACUCUCGCCUCUUGGAGUUUGUGGAUGAGGGCUCUGUGAAGCGGGUGGACUUCUAUGAUCUCGGCCGAACAGCAGUAGCCACCGUUAUGGUUGCUGGCCGCGAGCAGCAGCUGGUGUGCGACUUGCCAGGAGCCACAACUGGCCUGAUCGACAAGCUGGUCUCUAAGAACAUUGCCAUCGAGGUGCACCAGCCAGACAAGCCCAAUCCGUUGCUGAACGUUCUUGGCGAUGUCGCCUUUCCUUUGCUCUUGAUCGCCGGUCUCCUCUUCCUUCGCUCCCGCGCUCCAGGAGGUGGCGGAAUGCCAGGAUUUGGUGGCGAUCAGGGGCGGGCCAAGAUUAUGAUCACACCGGAGACCGGGGUGAAAUUCGAGAAUGUCGCUGGCAUCGACGAGGCCAAGGAGGAGCUCAUGGAAAUCGUCGACUUUCUGAAGGCCCCGGAACGCUUCGUGAAGGUGGGUGCGAAGAUUCCCCGCGGCGUCCUGCUCACUGGACCACCAGGGACUGGAAAGACCCUCAUGGCCAAAGCGCUAGCUGGCGAAUCCGGGGUGCCUUUCAUUCAGUCAUCCGCCUCUGAGUUCAUUGAGCUUUUUGUUGGCGUUGGUGCUUCUCGCGUGCGUGACAUCUUCAAGCAGGCGAAGGAGAAGGCUCCAUGCAUCGUGUUCAUUGACGAGAUUGAUGCCAUUGGUCGCCAGCGAGGAGCUGGGAUGGGAGGUGGCAACGACGAGCGUGAACAGACUCUGAAUCAGAUCUUGACUGAGAUGGAUGGCUUCGAAGGCAACAGUGGUGUCAUUGUUGUCGCGGCCACAAACAGAUCUGACAUUCUGGACAACGCAUUGCUGCGUCCAGGACGUUUCGAUCGACGCGUGACCGUGGGCCUGCCUGAUGUCAAGGGACGUGAGCAGAUUCUGAACGUGCAUAUUCGCAACAAAAAGCUGGAAGAGGAGAUCACGCUGACAGAUAUCGCAAAGCGGACUGCAGGCUUCAGUGGAGCUGACCUGGAGAAUCUGAUGAACGAGUCAGCGAUUCUGGCGGCGCGCCGCAACAAGAAGGCCAUAUCCAUGGAUGAGAUCAACGAUGCGACCGAUCGUGUGAUUGCAGGUUUGGAAGGCCGAGCCCUGCAAGACAACUCCGCAAAGAAGCUCAUCGCUUACCACGAAGCAGGUCAUGCUAUUGUUGGCACGCUGCUGCCGUAUCAUGAUCCUGUCAACAAGGUCACACUGAUUCCUCGAGGCCAGGCUAAAGGCCUCACGUGGUUCACACCCGGUGAGGACCAGAGCCUUAUCUCUGCGGCGAUGCUCAAGGCACGCAUCGCUGGUGCUUUGGGUGGCCGGGCCGCCGAACAGCUCGUUUUCGGCACGUCGCAGGUCACCACAGGCGCUGGAGGUGACCUUCAGCAAGUGGAGCGCAUGGCCAGAUCAAUGGUGACUCAAUUUGGGAUGUCUGAUGUUGGAUCAAUUGCGAUCAGUGAUGGAGGAUUCAUGGGUCCGGAAUAUUCAGAGGACCUUAGCACCAAGAUCGACGAUGCCAUCAAGGCUAUUUCAGAUGAAGGCUACUUGAACGCGUUGAAUAUCUUGAUGUCCAAUCGCGCUUGCCUGGAUCGUGUCGCCGAUGAGCUUUGUGAGGCCGAAACCCUUUCAGGCGAUCGCUUACGCAGCCUUGUCUCAGAGUACACCGAGAUCCCUGCAAAACUAGCAGCAGCGCGGACCCAAUGCCUUCAGUUCCCAGAUGCAGCUGCAGGAUUCCGUGUGCUGAGGUGUGAACUUCACGCAUGCAAUGGCAGCUCAAUCCUGGGAGGCUCUCUGUUUCAGAUCUUGAGCCUACCCUGCUUGGGCACUGAUCACGUUUAUCAUGUUUUCAAUGUUUUCAUAGUUGAUAGCUGGUCGGCUUCACAUAGGCUGACCGCUGACCAGUUAGCUUUUAGUUCUGCGGCUUGCGAUCGCUCAGAUGCGGGGGCACUCGAUACUGAACUAGCGUCACCAUAA